CACAGUACACAGCCCAACCAUCGCCCAUCUAGAAGAUCGAGGAUCACUCCGCAGAUCAAAUCCGACAAUUUUGACCCACUGGGUGAGAUUCGUCGACGGCGUUGAAGAUUUAUGUGCUGUUUCUUGUUUCUCGAUGCGUUUACUUGACUAAUUUUCUUCAAUUGAUUGCCGUCACGCGGUUGCUUUGUGCGUAUUUAAAGGUGUUUGAUUUGCUUCCUACGACGUGGUAAUUUAAUCAGCUCAGCAGACGAUUAAGGAGAAACAAUGGCCGGACCCUCUUCAAAACCGACAAGAAUAGGCUUGGCUGGCCUAGCUGUUAUGGGGCAAAAUCUUGCCCUCAACAUAGCUGAGAAAGGAUUUCCGAUUUCCGUUUACAACAGAACUACAUCUAAAGUCGAUGAGACCGUUGAACGAGCAAAAGCAGAAGGUAAUCUUCCAGUCUUUGGCUUCCAUGAUCCGAAAUCAUUUGUCAUGUCAAUCCAAAAGCCCCGUGUGAUCAUCAUGCUCGUAAAGGCCGGCGCUCCUGUCGAUCAGACGAUCAAAACACUCUCUGCUCAUAUGGAGAAAGGCGAUUGUAUCAUCGAUGGCGGGAACGAGUGGUACGAAAACACCGAAAGAAGGGAGAAAGCAAUGGCUGAAUUAGGCCUCUUGUACCUCGGCAUGGGAGUCUCGGGCGGCGAAGAGGGCGCGAGAAACGGACCUUCUUUAAUGCCUGGAGGUUCUUUCGAAGCCUACAAAUACAUAGAAGACAUUGUUCUCAAAGUCGCAGCCCAAGUUCCCGACAGCGGUCCUUGCGUGACAUACAUCGGGAAAGGAGGAUCCGGGAAUUUCGUCAAGAUGGUUCAUAAUGGAAUCGAGUAUGGCGAUAUGCAGCUCAUAGCCGAGGCCUACGACGUGCUGAAAUCCGUCGGGAAACUGUCGAACGACGAGCUCAAAAACGUUUUCUCCGAAUGGAACAACGGCGAGCUCCAAAGCUUCCUCAUCGAAAUCACUUCCCAUAUCUUCGGCGUCAAGGACGAAAACGGCGACGGGUAUCUCGUCGACAAGGUCUUGGACAAAACCGGGAUGAAGGGCACCGGAAAAUGGACCGUCCAACAAGCUGCCGAGCUCUCCGUCGCAGCCCCGACCAUCGAAUCAUCUCUCGACUCGAGAUUUCUCAGCGGUUUAAAAAACGAACGAAUCGAAGCCGCCAAAGUCUUCAAAUCCGGCGACAUCCUAACCGAGCAGGAAGUCGACAAACAGAAGCUAAUCGACGAUGUGCGACAAGCCCUGUACGCGUCAAAAAUAUGCAGCUACGCUCAGGGGAUGAAUCUGAUCCGUGCAAAGAGCAUCGAGAAAGGAUGGGAACUGAAGCUCGGAGAAUUGGCGAGGAUAUGGAAGGGAGGGUGCAUUAUCCGCGCGAUCUUCUUGGAUCGAAUCAAGAAGGCCUACGACAGAAACUCGGAGCUCGCGAACCUCCUGGUCGAUCCGGAAUUCGCGAAGGAAAUCAUCGAGAGGCAGCGGGCGUGGAGAAGGGUGGUCUCGUUGGCGAUCGUUUCGGGGAUCAGCAUGCCGGGUAUGUCUGCUAGUCUUGCGUACUUCGAUUCUUACAGGCGGGAGAGGCUGCCGGCGAAUCUGAUCCAGGCGCAGAGAGACUACUUCGGGGCACAUACGUAUGAACGGGUUGACGUGUCGGGUUCGUUCCAUACGGAAUGGUUCAAGAUUGCUAAGAAGAUGUAGAGAUGGUUGAGAAUGGGGUAAGUUUUAUGUUUUGAUUGUUGAUUUUUUGGAAUAAUGAAUGUUUGAUCAAUGCCUGUGUGUGUGUUUGUGUGUUCUUGAGCUGAAUUGAAAUUUUUAUGUGUUCUUUUAAGAUUUAUCUCUGAGAUUCGAUUUUUAGUUUGC